AAGUGGGCAGUGGAAACCAAGUGCGCACAACCCACAAACCAAAGCAUAUUAUAUAUUGCGGAACCCGACUUUUGGUUUUGUGUAUCAACAAUGGCGACUUCAACCCUGAAUCCUAACGCUCCAAUUUUCAUUCCUACCGAAUAUCGUGAAGUGGAGGACUUUUCGGACCAGUGGUGGGACCUCGUUCACUCUUCUCCCUGGUUCCGCCAUUACUGGCUUCGUGAAUGCUUCUCCGAACCCGACUCUACUGAUGACGCUACCUAUGUUCCUUUUCUCCCUGGUAUCGAUUUUAUCUCCAACGAUUUCAAGCAAGAGGAGAAUAAGAAGGAGUUGAUCACUUUGGGGAUGUUGAAAUGGAAUAAAUCACGUGUUGCUGCUGAAAUCCCAAGGUAUGGGAAGAAGGUGCCGAAGAUCGUGAACGUGAAAGUGAGCCCUAGGCCUAUUCAGCAGCCAAGGUAGAGCGGAUCACAACUCGGAAGCGCCUGACUCACUGAGUUAGCUAGAUCUGUUUAGCUAAUGUACAUAGCUUGUUUUAUAUCCUGCACUUUUGUACCUUGUUUUUCCAAUAAAUGCCAAAAGAAAAAUAGAUGCACAAAACCAA